AGCUUCUUUUUUUCCUUCGGUUGGAGGCCAUGAUGGGAGCCUGAAGAGUUCAGCUGGAGCGAGAAAAAGAAAGAUGAUUCACCGGGACGAGACUGUCAAAGCAGUCCGGGCGGAUUUCUGAACGUUGUAUAGCCCAUAUACAUCCGAGGUGGAGCCUGUCACUUUUUUUUAGACUUUUUUUCUCAAAUGUGUUCUUGGCAAUCAGUCGAUGACAAUGUUGAAUCGCUAGGAGGUUUUUGGAUCGAAAUAGGAGGUAGCAUUAGCCGCGCUAGCUGGCUACGUCUCGGCGACUGGAUCCUGGUUUUGAGAGCCGGUGAGUUCUCGAACCUCGUCGCCCGGAACGCGCCGGGGAUCUCCCGCGUUUCCCCCGAGGACAGCUGCAUGUAUUUGACCCGGGAGCGCUCGCACGACGACUCGCGGGAUUGGGAAAGUCGGGCCUGCGCCGAGGAGCGGAGCGAGGCCCGUCUUUAUGAUCCAGAGGAAGCCUUUCUAAUCCCACCGACGGCCACCGCUCUGCGCGAGGACCUGCAAAACUCCGCGGCCAGCGACCGGGAGGACUGACUCGGACGUUAAGCGUCCAGAAUACUAAAAAAAAAAAAAAAAAACUGGUUUAACCGACCCCCCCCUCCCCAUAUAGACUCCUCUUUAUCACCUGCUAUUACAAUGGCUGCGAUUAUAAAAGAAAUGGUCAGUCGGAACAAAAGGAGAUACCAGGAGGACGGGUUCGACUUGGACUUAACAUAUAUCUACCCAAACAUCAUCGCUAUGGGCUUUCCAGCGGAGAGACUCGAAGGCGUGUACAGAAACAAUAUAGAUGAUGUAGUACGGUUUUUGGAUUCAAAGCAUAAAAACCAUUACAAAAUCUACAACCUCUGCGCAGAAAGACACUACGAUGCUGCCAAAUUUAACUGCAGAGUUGCACAAUACCCCUUUGAAGACCACAACCCCCCUCAGCUGGAGCUGAUUAAGCCGUUCUGCGAAGACCUGGACCAGUGGCUCAGCGAGGACGACAAUCACGUGGCGGCCAUCCACUGCAAGGCCGGCAAGGGCCGCACCGGCGUGAUGAUCUGCGCCUACCUGCUGCACCGCGGCAAGUUCACGCAGGCCCAGGAGGCGCUGGACUUCUACGGCGAGGUCAGGACACGGGACCGGAAGGGGGUGACGAUCCCGAGCCAGCGUCGCUACGUCUACUAUUACAACUACCUGCUAAAGAACGAGCUGGAGUACAAGCCGGUGGCGCUGCUCUUCCACAAGAUGGUCUUCGAGACGCUCCCCAUGUUCAGCGGGGGCGGCGGCUGCAGGGACAGUACCGUUAAAAACAGGAGCGAGCCGACCCCUCAGGGCUUCAAGAAAGGGAAUUGGCAUUGGGACCCGCAGUUUGUGGUGUACCAGCUGAAGGUGAAGAUCCACACGUCCAACCCGGCUCACACCAGACGGGAGGACAAGCACAUGAUCUUCGAGUUCCCCCAGCCGCUGCCCGUCUGCGGCGACAUCAAAGUGGAGUUCUUCCACAAGCAGAAUAAGAUGAUGAAGAAGGACAAAAUGUUCCACUUCUGGGUGAACACCUUCUUCAUUCCCGGACCAGACGAGAGCGGGGAGAAGAUGGAGAACGGGGCGGUGAACAACGCCGAGAGCCAGCAGGGAGGACCGGAGCAGGGCCAGCCGCGGAGCGCCGAGAGCCGGGACGGCUGCAGGGACGGCGACAGGGACUACCUCAUCCUGACGCUCACAAAGAACGAUUUAGACAAGGCGAAUAAAGAUAAAGCCAACCGCUACUUCUCGCCAAACUUCAAGGUGAAGUUGUAUUUUACGAAAACCGUGGAGGAGCCUUCAAACUCCGAGGCUAGCACUUCGACGUCCGUCACGCCAGACGUUAGCGACAAUGAGCCAGACCAUUAUCGAUACUCUGACACCACUGACUCUGAUCCGGAAAAUGAACCCUUUGAUGAAGAGCAACACACGCAAAUCACAAAAGUGUGAACUCUUUUAAAGCAGGAAAAAAAGAAAUUAUACACAUGAAUUUAAAAAAAAAAAAAAAAAAAGGAGAAAACUUGAAUAUAAA